AUGAAACCACAGACUAAAAAACAAUCACUAAUUGGGAACUUUUUCAAAAGAAAAAUUGAGGAAAUUGAUGAAAAUCGGGUUGCUAAUGAUACAAUCCCGAAUGAUACAAGUCCGAAUGUUGCUAAUGAUAAUAUUCAAGCAAAUGAUGACAUUGAUGCAAGUCCGAAUGUUGUUAUGCAAGAAAAUGUUAAUAUUGGUCCAAGUAGUCCUACAACUUCAAUUCCUACAACACGAGGUAUUAACGAUUUGAAUGAUCUUCCUUCAGAUCCCUAUGAUAGGCCACAUAUUGCUAGUUAUCACCCUAAUCAAAUAGAUGACAUAAGAAGGGCAUAUCUUGUUAAAGGGGCUUUUCAACCGCGUAGUCAUGAAUUUCCUUUCAAACACUAUUAUGGAAAAAAAGGGCGUUUUGUGGUUACUUGGUUUAAUGAUCAUAAGUGGUUAGAGUAUAGUACUAAAGUAGAUAAAGCCUUCUGUUUGCACUGUUACUUGUUUAAAGAAGAUGUUGGUAAUCAAGGAGGAAGAGAUACAUGGUCAUCUAAUUCUAAAGGCUUUUAUGAUUGGAGUAAAAAGGGUUCCUUAACAGAACAUGUUGGGAAAGUUGAUAGUCAUCAUUUAAAGGUGGCGCAAAAAUGUCACAAUCUCAUGAAACAAGACGAACACAUAGAUGUGAAUUUAAACAAAUCGACUAAAGAAGAAAAGAUUGCAAAUUAUUAUCGAUUGCUUGGUUCUGUUAUGAGUGCUAGAUUCUGUUUAGAAAACUCUUUACCAUUUCGUGGCCAUGAUGAAUCGGAAGAAUCUAAUUCUCAAGGAAUUUUUCUUUCGGUUUUAAAGCUGACCAGUACCAAUCAUUCGGAAAUUGGUAAGUACACAUUGGGGAACGCAAAAAAGAACAAUAAAUUGACAUCGCUAAUGAUACGGAAGGAGAUUAUUGAAUGUUUUGCAAAGGAAGUAACCAAAAACAUAUGUGCAGAAAUUAAAGAUGAUGUGUUUGGGUUGUUGGUUUAUGAAUCUAGUGACGUAUCUCUGAAGGAACAAAUGGUUGUAGUUGUUAGAUUUGUUGAUAAAUUUGGGGUUGUUAGAGAAAAUUUUAUUGGAAUUGUUCACGUGAGAGACACGGCUUCUUCAACUCUUAAAGAAGCCAUUGAUUCUUUAUUAGCAAAUAACCAGUUGAGCAUAAAACAAGUAAGGGGACAAGGUUAUGAUGGUGCAAGCAACAUGCGGGGAGAAUUUAAAGGGUUAAAAGCUCUGAUUCUGAAAGAUAACCCGUCAGCAUAUUACAUCCAUUGUUUUGCUCAUGAACUUCUGUUGGUGAUUGUGGCGGUCGCAAAAAAACAUCCCGGUGUUAAAACUUUCUACGAAUACCUUUCCAUGGUUGUUACUACGGUUUCUGCUUCUUGCAAACGGAAAGAUAUGAUAAGGGAGACAAAAAAGGAUUAA